CUCGCGUGCGCAACUCUCUCGCACACGCACACCGCGCACUCCGGCAGUGGCACUCGCAGCACCGCCGCGGCCGCUCCACCAGGCAUGGCACAGGGCUCUCCCUCACUAUGGCAGCAGCGCGACACGGCACCCUCGACUUCAUGCUCAGCGCCACAGCUGAUUGCAAUGCCAUUUUUAAAGGUCUACAGCCCAUCUUCCAAAGCCAGGAAAUGACAGAAACUCUUCAUAACUUGGAAGAUCAUGGUUACUUAGCGACAUAUGUUAAUAAAAAAGGCAGUUUUGCCAAUCUGAGAAUCUAUCCUCAUGGCUUGGUGUUGGUUGAUGUACAGAGUUACAAUGAUUUGGAUGGAGAAGUAGAAACAGCUCAGAUUUUAAACAAGAUAGAAGAAAGAAUGAAAGAAAUGUUACAUGGAAGCAUCAAAAAGAUAAAACGUUUGCCAGCCAUAGUGAGAGGGGAUGCAAUUGAUAGAUACUGGCCCACAGCAGAUGGACGAUUAGUGGAAUAUGACAUAGAUGAAGUUAUUUACGAUGAAGAGUCAGCUUAUCAGAAUAUUAAAAUUUUACACUCUAAACAAUUUGGAAAUAUGCUUAUCCUCAGUGGGGAUGUUAAUCUGGCAGAAAGUGACCUGGCAUAUACACAAGCGAUAAUGGGCAGCGGGAAGGAAGACUACACUAACAAAGAAGUGCUCAUUCUUGGAGGUGGUGAUGGGGGCAUACUGUAUGAAAUAGUCAAAUUGAAACCAAAGAUGGUCACCAUGGUGGAGAUUGACCAAAUGGUGAUCGACGGGUGUCGAAAAUACAUGCGCAAAACUUGUGGAGAUGUCUUGGACAAUCUGAAAGGAGAAUGCUAUCAGGUUCUAAUAGAAGAUUGUAUUCCAGUACUGAAGAGGUAUACCAAAGAAGAAAGGAUGUUUGAUUAUGUAAUUAAUGAUUUGACAGCUGUUCCAAUCUCCACAUCACCAGAAGAAGAUUCCACUUGGGAAUUUCUGCGGAUGAUUCUGGACCUUUCAAUGAAAGUGUUGAAACCUGAUGGAAAAUAUUUCACACAGGGAAAUUGUGUCAAUUUGACUGAAGCCUUGACACUCUAUGAAGAACAGCUGAGCAGGCUAUAUUGUCCUGUGGAAUUCUCCAAGGAAGUUGUAUGUGUCCCCUCAUACAUGGAACUAUGGGUAUUUUAUACUGUUUGGAAGAAGAGGGCCAACAUUUGAAGCUCAAGGUUCACCUACCACAUGUGCUGCAUGAAGCGCAUAGACUUGCCAUGUGCUUUGUCUUGGCAUCUUGAAUUCUUUAAAUUAUAUGCUGUAGAUGAUCCUGGAACUUAGUCAUACUAUCAAUUUGUGAAUUCUUUAAAUGUUUUUAUUAUUAUUUUUAAUUUAAGAGCAAAUGGAAAAAUGUAUAUUUUGAUGAGCUAGGGUGUUAUUUUUUGAAAGUCAGCUUAGAUGAAUUAGCAGCAAAACUGUAGCUGCUGAAUGCACUGAACCAUUAGAAUGUGAUCAUUUUUGUUUUUAUUUUAGAUCUUUGAAUACAAGUUUUAAAAGACAACAUUAGUGCUUCUGUGCGAUCCUAUAGAUUUUUUCUUCCUUCAGACACUAAUCAGCUUAAUAUAGGUAUAAGUGUAGUUUUGUUAAAUGAUCAAUGUGCUUCCAAUUAGAGAAAUUAAGGGCAGGCUUCUUUUUCUUUUCCUUUCCUUUUUAAGGCUACCCUCUGGCCAACUGAGUUAUUAAAAAGAAGUUUUCCCCAACCUGGUGGCUGUCAGUUAUGUGGAACUGCAAUGCCUAUCAUAAGAAUUGCAGUCCAACACCUAUGGAAAUCACCAAGCUGCUAUAAAAGCCACGACAGGAAGGCCCUUCCAUCUUCUUAUGAUAAAUCUUUAUUCUAACCUUCAUGAGCUGAAAUCCAGCAAUUAAUGUUCAGUGGAUCCUUAUGAAAAGAAAAUGCCCAUUCUUAACUAUGUGUAAGUUUUUCAGAAGUUCAUCACAGCCAGAAGGAUGGGGCAAGAAAAUCACAUUGUGGUGACCUCGCUGCAUCGGAAUUAUUAUGAAUUGGGCCCAGACCUUGGUUAUAGAUGGAAGAGGCUAACUUAGGUUUUUAUCCAUCAGCUGUGUGGAACUGCUCUGCAUCUGUAGGGCAGCCUUCUCCAACCUGGUGAUCUCCACAUGUGCUGAAAUACUAAUUCCGUCACCCCAUCCAGCAAUAACCAGUGACGGUGCUGGCUAUAAAACAUGGAAGUUGUAUUGCAAUGUUUCUGGAUGACGCCAGGUUGGGAAAACUGUUGUAGACUUUUCAGCAUGUGGACGCGCGCACACACACAAAAAUAAACAAUCUUGGCUUGGCUCACACAUAAGAGUAGACCCAUUGCAAUCAAUGGCACAUAUAUGUAUGACUAAAAAGUCCUUUUAAAUUCAGUGGAUUGCUUAUAGGUAUGGCUAAAUCCUUAUCCAAUCCCUCGUGUUUUCAUCUGUAAAGAGAUCUACAAUGUGCUUAAUGCUAGCGUAAUGCCACUGACUUAAGUAGUAAAAGAUGUUAGUAAAGUGUCAUUCAAAUCACUUGGCCCCUGUUAUUUAUUAUAAUUAUGGAAGAAUAGUAGUUCAAACAAAUUCUGUUGGCACUAUAAACUUUGGUUUUAAACCAUGGAUGGAGUGCUCCCCCAGACCUCCAAAUAAAGUCUGAGAAGCUGGAUCCUGUAUGAGAAGAUUUAUUGGUGUUAUACCCUUUUAACUUUAGUGGUAAUGUUCCUAGAGUGUGAAAGGUUAUUCAAAAGGGAAAAUUAAGGCAAGUGACUUAGGAGACAAUGUGCUGGAAGGUUCUCCUUAAUAGCCAAUCCACAUGAAUGGAAAUUGAGUUCAAAAACACAGAAGAUGCUACAUUCAUUUGUGUGGUUUGUGCAGGAGAAGUUUCCGGUGGAUUGUGCCCCUGAGAGCUUUGUGCAUCUUGUAUUUAUAUUUUGUGCAUGUCUGUAAUACACUCAGUUGAGUCUAGCCUUAUGGAUGGGAUGAAACUAGUGACUGGCCCACAUGUUUUUGUGUAUGCAUGUUGAAAUACCUAUUAGAUUGAUUGGAUUUGUAUUUUCUUCACCCUUGUCUGCUUCUGCAAAUGCUGUGAAAUUAUAUUUUUGUAAAAUCAUUUUGUGUACUGAUUAUUUGCUUAUAACUUUGCCAUAAGCAGAUCCUUAAAGUAGCUCAGAAAUGCAUCUUUAUUGUAUAGUUUGUGGAGAGACAAGGAAAAUUAAAAUGUACCAUCUUUUUCUUGCCUGCUUAAUAUCUUUCAUCAAAUUACGCCCCAGUACCCGAAACAUUUGCUUUGCAUUUCACUGUUAUGUUUGCUUACAGUGCUAGAAAAAGGACGGCACUUAGACAAGCCUCCCCAAAUGUACCUCCAAAUGUGUUGAACCAAAUUCUCUUAAUACCCAGACAGCAGACUGGUCACUCGUAACAUAUCUGGAGGGCUGACUUGGGCUCACUCCUCAGAAAUCACAAGGUGAGCAUGCUGUCCUUUCCUUCCUCUACCUCCCCUUAAUGUGAAAGCCCAGCACAUUUUGCACAAUUCUCUUUCUCCAGGGAAAAUUCAAUUUGUAUUUAGGAAGGAGACCAUAGUCCUUUAUUGACUCUUAAAAUCCAUGAAAGAACUAUGCAGUGAGGCAGAGCACUGCUUGACACACAAGCACCGUGCACCUCAGGCUUCUGUUGUGCUAACAAAAGGGACAUAGAAAGAUAGGCCUAUAACUCACAAGUCCUUAAUUAUGUGUCUCUGCAUUGAAGCUACUACCUAAUAAGCCAUUUGAAUCUCUGUGUACUAAUUUUAGAACUUCCCAGUGGUAAAGACCAAACUUUAUGCAGGUCAGAAUACAUGUGUGGAAAGUGCCCUUUUUUCUGUUUAAAAAAUGCAGUUCUACAUUUACACUGAAUAAUUUACUUGCAUUUGAAUAGAUUGGUAAUAGAUUGGUAAUAGCUCUUCCAUGUUUCUCCUUAUAAACUGAUCAUACAACACACAGAUCAGAUCAAGACUACAAUAAACAGACAUAAUACAGUUUUCAGAACUGGCUUCUAAGAGAUUUCAGCAUAUAUGUUUGUAACUGUGAUGUAUUACAAAAGAUAUUAUUUUCUGAAAUAAACUUAUGUUGUUCUGGGAUUAUGCAAUGCUUUUGACUUGGAAAUGAUAGCCACUUUCUUAGAAAAGUAGAAGAAUUUUUUUAACAUGUUCCUAAUCACCAUAAAAUAAUUUUGAUCCUCCCAUUCUUAAAUUACAGAAUACCCCCCAGUACUAAAAAAACAAAGCUACUAGAUAGUUUCUUAAGCUUUUGCUUUGUGAUUGAAACCGGUAUGGUGUUACUGAACUUUCCCACAACUUGUAUUGAUCUAGAGAGAACAGCUUUCUCAAGAAAAAAGUUGAGAAAGCAGAGUAAAUUAUUGAAUUAGCUAAGAAUCAUAGCUACUAGAAAGAAAGGAGUCCAAUACACUGCUAGAUUUGGAGGAAGAACAUGUUGCCAGUUAGAUUUUGUUUUAUACAUAAACAUGGUUUGCACAGUCACUGUUGCCUGUUCUGGUUUGUUUGAGCCAUGGUGUCUGCUGGACAGUUUUAGAAUAGUCAAGCUUAUUGUCAUGUCAUACAGUCCUGGGUAGCCAGCGUUGUACAAAGAAGAAGCAACCCUCGUAUAUGCAAGGGUGUGUUAGUCCUUGUGCAACUGCCAUCAUCUUUAAACAACAAGACAAGCCGUGGUUUGGAUAUUCAAAAUGAAUGCUGGCUCGUGCUAAGGCCAGUGGCUUAAAUAAAUCAUGUGAACCAGCCCAUAGAUAUUAGGAUAUAGUAUAUGAUUUGUGUGGGAGUAAAGGGAUGUUUUAGUAGUACCUCUUCACAUAUUCUAAUAGAAGCAAGCUUAGUCUUAAAUCUGGUAUGAAAUGACCAGAAAUAGCAAUGUUUGAAAAGCUGCCUAAAACACAUGUCAUCCUCUCAGUAAAAAGGAAAUAAUAGUAAUAUUCUUUUAAAAAUAGGUUUGUGUUGAAUGCCAUUAUAACAUAGAUGUGUGUGCUUAAAAGGAGCUGAACAACUCCCCCGACACCCUUCCCUCGUUACUGCUUGAAUAUACUGAGAAAAUGCUUACAUAAUUGUGAUCACUAUUUAUAUAUGCUUGUUGCUGUAGUAUACAAUAUGAAAUUUCACUUUUUUGUGAAUGUUAUUAAUUUUGGAAAUCAGUACUUUUUAAUUUUACACGUGCAACUGAGUGGAACAUCCAUUAUGAGCACUUCACUAUACAUGCAGAUUGAGCCCAAAAUGGUUGGCAUGCUGUCUCUUUGCACUAAAUGCUGCUUCCCCCUAAUAGUUAAAUUUCAUGAUUUUUAAAAAAAGUUUGAUAACUAAUCAGAUUUUGCUGAAAUAAAACUGCUGGUAUUGUAUUGACUGCAGUAGUAAAAGUGCAUAUAUUCCAAUAAAGUUACACUGCUAUUAACUGCA